GAUUCGAAUACAUUUCGAUUCAAAACCGGUAAAAUCUUGUGCGAAAAACUCAGAAAUCUACUUUGGACUUGUUAUUAUAUAUCAAUCUCUUCGAAAAACAUGCAAACUGCCCAUUUAUGGUUUAACGAUAAUGUUACAAGAUGGAGAAGGAUAAUAGCAUCAUUAUUUUCUUGUCUUUUUACCAGCGUUGUUUUGAUUUUACUCGGUUUCUUAUUUUCGUGCUCUUUUUCCGGGCUAAAUGGGAUUUCUAUAUGGUUUUGUUCCAGAUUGGCUGCUACCUCAGCAAUCUCGAUAUUCCUAUUCUAUCAUAGUUGCAAAUUUUACAAGGGAGAAGUUAAAGAAUACGCCAACUUUGGGGAAUUUGCUAAUUUCUUAUGGGAAGGUUUAGAGCACGGUCUUCUCCAUUUUAUUCUUGCCCAGUUAUGCUGUUUCACAAUUAAUAUGGAUUAUUUGGAUUCACUUCUCACCAUUCUCAUAAUAGCUGUCGGAAAUACGUUAAAUUUCUUCUGCAGAUCUGAAUAUCUACUCUUCUUUCAUCCCAUUCAGCAGGCAACAUGGUUUCAAUUAAAGUGCAGAUUAUUUCCCAUUAUAAAGAGGUAUUUAAAUAAAUAAUUUCAGAUGUGUAUAAAUAGUUUAUGCCUCCAACAUAUCAACUUUUGUACAUAAGCUAAUAAAAAUUGUUAUUCCUUUCUAUUGAUUAGAUCAUUGGUUAGAACAAUCAGAAGAUUUUUCGUAUCGUUUCUUCUCUCUAUCAUGAUUUUCUGCCUAAUUGGAAGUUUUAGCACGAUUUGGGGACUUUUUGAUUUAUCACGCACCUUCAAAAUAUUAUCAUUAAUUUUUGCAGUUACAGUUAUAUUCGACGGCUCAGUUGUAAUAUUUAAUAUAUUUCUAACUGAAUUCUAUCAAUUCCCGAUAGAGCAUAUGGAAUCGCACGAUUUCGUAAAGAAUUUAAUAGAAACUCCAGGAUUGGGUAGAAAUUUGUUUCUAAUUUAUCUAAGAAAACACUGUCAGAAUGAUUCUAACGUUCGUAAGAAAAUAUAUAACCUUUUACCUCAUCAUGGAUAUUCUGCAAUAUGCAAUAUAAUCUUUGAGAGCAGUCUAAGAAGUCUAAGUGAAUUUAUAGUAAAACUUGACAACAACGACAAUAACGCUGAAGCAACAACGACGGUAAAAACAAACGGCAAAGAGAAGAAAACAUUCCUAAUUAAGCAAAAGAAUCAGCUAAAGAAAUGGCCUAUUAUUCAAUAUUUUACUAAGUAUAGAAAGUUAAAUUCUUUAAAGUCGGAAUGUCAGAAUUGCGUUCAAUUUGUUGGAAUUCUAGUAAAUCUGAUUUACUUUUCAUACGAAGAAGAUCAAUAUGGCGUUGUUAGAGCUCGUCUUUCGGAUUCUAUGAAUUGUUUUAUUAAACUUUCAAAUAGUUUAGAUAACUAUAAACUAAGCUUGAACACUUCAAGAAUCAAUUUAAUAGGUUACGAACUAUUGGAUUCACCUGAUUUAACAUCAGUUCUAAAUUCGUGUAAAUUCUCUAUUCAAUCUGGAAUUUAUAGAAUUGCUGAAAAGUUUGGAAAAAGAUUAAAAGAUAUUGAAGUAAAAGACGAAACAAGAAGAAGGUUACAAUUGUAUGCAGAAGGGAAAAUUUGA